AUGUUAAAGAAAAAUGCACAACAUGAUAAUUUUGGACAAGCUUCAGGGUCAAAUAAAAUCCCUGUUACACCAUUUGGGACAAAAGAGAAUGUAGAAGACAUUGGGCAACAUAAGGAAGGGAAAGAUAUUGCAUAUGCCUACAUGUCACCUAUAGGUGAAAAUAAUGAAAAAUGGGUCAAUUUAAAAGAAUUGAGAAGUUCACAAUUCUUUAAACUGCUUGGAGUUGUAAAUGAAGUAUUGGAUAUGAUGGAUAAAGAAUCAAGUAAGAAGAGGGUUACAAAUGUUGGAGAUUACAACGAGGGGUUGAUAAGAGUUUAA